UCCGCCACAUGCUAUUAUAAGCAACCCGCUCCCACACCUAAGCAGUGGGUCCGGCAGAAACACAGAGGGGGAGUUGUGUGAAUGGACGGCGGGAUAGAGGCAUAGAGAGGGCGAGAGAAGGGAUACUUCUCGGUUAUCUAACUGAACCUGGAGAACAACAGAAGAUUAGCUCCUUACGCACGCUAAGAUGGCGCUCCCCACUGUGAUGGUGCUGCCCAUGCUGAUCGUGGUGGCUGCUGGGAUCUACUACAUCUACAACGAGAUCAUCCAGUACAUGUCCAAGUCCAUGGUCAAGAACAAAGUGGUGGUCAUCACUGAUGCUGUGUCCGGAGUGGGAAGUGAGUGUGCUCAUCACUUCCAUAAGGGUGGUGCCAGGCUGAUUCUGUGUGGGGCCAGCUGGGACAAGAUGGAGUCUCUGUACGACACAUUGACCAGCGGGGCUGACCCCAGAGUGACGUUCCCUCCCAAGCUGGUGCUGCUGGACUUCAGUGACAUGGACAGUAUGCCUGAGGUGGUGAAUGAGGUGGUGGAGUGCUACGGCUGUGUGGACAUCCUGGUGUGUAACAGCAGCAUGAAGCUGAAGGCCCCCGUACAUACUGUCUCACUGGAGCUGGACAGGAACAUCAUGGACAUCAACUACUUUGGACCCAGCACCUUGGCCAAAGGUGUCCUUCCAGCUAUGAUGUCUAGGAGGUCUGGUCACAUUCUAUUGGUCAACAGCAUCCAGGGCAGACUGGCUAUCCCCUUCAGAACCUCCUACUCGGCCUCAAAGCAUGCGGUGCAAGCGUUCUUUGACUCCCUGCGAGCGGAGGUGGAGGAGUAUGGGAUAAUAGUAAGCACUAUCAGCCACACCUUCAUCAACGCAGCUUUACCCUCCACCCCUCCGGCUAAACCUCAGGGCCUGUCUACAUUUGGCGUGCGCCCGGCCGAUCUGGCCAAUGAGAUAAUGCGAACGGUGAGCAGGAAGAAGAAAGAGGUUUUGCUGGCCCACCCCAUCCCCUGGGUCGCUCUCUACCUCCGCUCCUUCUUUCCCUCUUUCUUCUUUGCCGUGGUUGCUGCUGGAGUGAAGGACUCUGCCAUGGCAGAACAGAUGCAGUAGAAGGAAGGGAAGAGAGAAUAAGAAAAUUAAAGAAGGACAAUAGAAUGUAUAGUGUAUUAUGGCAUAAUGCAAUGAAAUCUAACCCAUCGGGGCAAUUUAGAAGCCUUUGCCACAUGGACAUGGCCUCUGAUGUUAUUGCAGUUUGCAUUGGGUCCUGUAGAUGGCAGCAGAUCACUGUUGUAUUCUUAUGUCAUGUCUGUGCAGAAAAGAUGCCAAAGUUGCACCACCCACUACUAUCAAAAUUAACUUUUGCUCUAACUUUAAACAUUGCUUCUAUUGGAUAUUUCAAUGUUUAGCCUAACCAUAAUUAGAAUAUAUGACCUCAUAUGUUGUUUUGUGGGUGAUCGUUAAUGUUGUCUUUUCAUUUGACCAAUACACUUGUCCAUGUGAAUUACA